AUGUCGACCGCAUCUGCAUCGUCAUACAGCAGUGCCACCUCAUCCAUCGGCAUCUCCGCCCAGCCGUUGUCGCUUCCCAAGGUCAUGCUUAGACGGUUAGCGAGAGCCGCUUCCCAAAACCCGAUCGAGGUCAUCGUUACAAUCUUUAUCAUUGUCACCCUCGCCUACUUCCAGCUCUUGCAUGCCGUCAGCCACUCCAACUUCUUCGAGCCUAUCUCGAUCGAGGCAACCAGCCUGGCUUCCACCACCUCCUCAUCCGGCCUCUUCAAGUGGGCCGGCGCCGGCAAGAAGGAUGCCGCAGCAGCACCAAAGGACACAGUCUCUUCUAUUCUCAGCCCAGCUCAGAGCGAUGCCGACACUGUCUACGUUCGCAAGGGUGGUGGUGCCAACGUCUGGCAACCACUCAGUCAGGUCCUUGCAGGCCCUGACGAUGCUGCCUCCCUCUUUGACCCUUCUGCCCAGACUUUCUUCGUCGAGCCUGUCCUCUUGACCAGCGCAAGAGAGUCUUACAUGGCUUCCCAGAUCCAAGAGGCCCUUCUCCCAUCGCUUUCGGACAACCUUGCAAAAAGCCUUGUUGGCUCGCAAUACACCGCCACUUUCGUCAAGGACCAGAAUUCGCAACACUCGGCCUACGUCUUUGGCAAGACUUUUGCCGACUCUUCUGCUAGCAACAACGCAGCUGCUGACCUGGCUGUCCUCCGUCACGAGUUUCUCGGCAAUGUUGUUGACCCAUCGCUUCUCUCCGUCUCGCUCGAAAAGGCGACUCGCUCUGCUGCCCGACCUGCUAGUGCUGUUGCUCAAGCAUCCGUUGCCGAGGUCGACCAGCUCUACGACGGUCUCCGAGUCGUCCCUCUUGUGCCAGACGGCGAGUUCAAUCCUUUCGCUCCGAACAACCUCAAGGGCAAACGUACCGGUCUGGGCCACAACGAGGAGAUCCAGCGCAUCCGUUGGAUGGCUUACGCUGUCAAGGCACUCGUCGUCCGAUUCUGGGCUCUCCUCAAGAAGGCUGACUCUGCUGACAUCUUUGUCAUGCUCUCCGCCUACAUCUUGAUGCACGGCACUUUUGUCAACCUCUUCCUCUCCAUGCGCAAGUUUGGCAGCAACUUCUGGCUCGGCGCUUCCGUCCUCAUGUCGUCCAUCUUUGCCUUCCUCCUGGCCAUCACUUUCGCCUCGCUUCUUGGCGUUACCGUCGACCCUAUCUGCCUUUCCGAGGCGUUGCCCUUCUUGGUCAUCCUUGUCGGUUUCGAAAAGCCCUACCUCUUGACACGCGCCAUCUUCACGCAUCCCGAGAUCACUCCUUCCGCCAACGUGUUCAGCUCCAAGCAACGAUCCGAGCUCAUUCUGAGCGAGCUCGACCAGGCUGCGAUGCCCGAGAUCGGUACCCUUGGUAAGACACCUACUGGUGCCACCAACGGCGGUGCUGCCAUAUCGCGUGAAGAGUCUUUCGUCCGUGCCUUGACCGAGCGUCUUAAAAACGAGGACAGCCUUCGAUGGGCUGAGCCCACUCCCAUGCCUGCUCACGAGAUCGUCGUUUCCGCUGUCAACCGCGUCGGUGUUCCCAUCAUCCGUGACUACCUUAUCGAGAUUGCCGUAAUGGCCGUCGGUGCCACUAGCGGUGUAAGCGGCCUUCGCGAGUUCUGUCAGCUUGCUGCUCUCAUCUUGCUAUUCGACUGCAUCUUCCUCUUCGCUUUCUACGUCUCGAUCCUUACUAUCAUGGUCGAAGUCCACCGCAUCAAGGUCAAGCGUGGCCUCAAGAAGCCCAAGCUCAGCGCUGAACUUAGUCUCGACUCUGACUCCCCACCUACCAGCCCUGCCUCUGACAGCUCAGCAUCUCGCGAACCCAGUCCGACGCCUUCUAGUCGAUCCCUCUGGAAGAAGGUCUUCCACUCCGUCUUUGGCAAUUCACGUAACGACAGAGGCCGCAAGUCCGAGAACCCACUUAGUCGCCUCAAGCUGCUUCUCGUCGCCUCCUUCUUGAUCCUACACUCGUUCAACUUGAUCUCGACUUUGACGAGGCAGUCAGCUAUCACUCGCCACCACGCCACCUAUGAGCCAUCUCCUUACCAGGUUGUUGCGGAGCAGUCUCCCAUCUUUGGUUCCGCUGCCACUUCCACUAUCGCACCACUGCUUGCCCAGCUUUCUCAAUCUCAACCUGCUGACGUCGACCUUAUCGCCCGCGUUUGCGAGCCUACCAUCCUUGUCUUGCUCGAGGCCAACGAUUCCAUCUCUGCUUCUCGCAGCGCUCUUGCCAGUGCCGCUCUCAACGCUUCCAGUGUUUACGCCCAGAUCACGUCGUCUGGUGUUCGCCCCGUCCCCGUCGGCCGCGCCAGCUCUUCUCUUGCUGUUCUUGACAGCUUGAUGAGCGGAUGGACUGUUAUCGUUGGUGACCCUGUUAUCAGCAAGUGGAUGUCUCUCGCUCUCGGAAUCAGCAUCUUCCUCAACGCUUAUUUGCUCAAGGGUAUUGCUACUGGCAAUGCCGUUUUGUCGGAGGGCAACGCUGCUGGUGCAGCUGCGUACGCCGCCGCUCGCUUCAUUGGCGCCCAUUUGGACAGCGAGGCCAGAGCUAUCGACGAACACAGCGAACGUCGUCGACGAUGGAGCUCUCGUGGCGAGCAGCCCGCAGCUACACGCGGCAAGAGCACCGACAGUCUCAACGAGUACCACAACAAGCUUGCUCAGAUGUCUGCCGCUCACGCUUCUUCGCCGCUCUCCAAGCUGGCUCACGAGAACGACAAGCUCGCCUCCAAGAAGGCUUCCGAUACCGGCGCUGGUGUCAACGUCGUCCCUGCCAAAGCUGUCAAGCCUGAUGCCAUGGAGGCUGUCAAGAAGUCGGAUGUCCAGCCCAGUUCCGAGGGUAACGGUGCGGUUGCUACUCCCGGCCAGCGUGGUCAGCAGAUUCGUCUCCAGGAUGCUACUUACGUUGGACCCGAUGGUGAGGCUGUUGUUCGACCUCUCGAGGAGCUUAUUGAAAUCUACGCUGGUGGUGCAGGUAUCUUCUUCCUUACUGACGAGGAGAUCAUCACCCUCAGUCAGCACGGAAAGAUUGCCGCUUACGCUUUGGAGAAGGUUCUGCAGGAUCACGAGCGUGCUGUUCGCGUUCGACGCGCCCUCGUCUCGCGUGCUUCGCACACCAAGACGCUCGAGAGCUCGCUCUUGCCCCACCGCGACUAUGACUACGGCAAGGUCAUGGGUGCCUGCUGUGAGAACGUUGUUGGUUACAUGCCCAUCCCUGUUGGUAUUGCUGGUCCGCUCAACAUUGAUGAUCAGGUGAUGCCCAUCCCCAUGGCCACUACCGAAGGUACUUUGGUCGCGUCCACUUCGCGAGGUUGCAAGGCUCUCAACGCUGGUGGAGGUGUUACAACUGUUUUGACUCAGGAUGCUAUGACCCGUGGCCCCGCCCUCGAGUUCCCCUCUGUUGUCCAGGCAGCCAAGGCGAAGCGCUGGAUCGACUCUCAAGAGGGUGCUUCAAUCAUCAAGGCUGCUUUCGACUCGACUUCGCGCUUCGCUCGUCUCUCGUCGCUGCGUUGCGUUCUUGCUGGUCGAACACUCUACGUCCGAUUCGCUACUUCCACUGGUGACGCUAUGGGUAUGAACAUGAUUUCGAAGGGCGUGGAGAAGGCUCUUGGUAUGAUGACUGAAGAGUACUUCCCCGAAAUGAGGGUACUAUCUCUCUCUGGUAACUACUGCACGGAUAAGAAGCCUGCUGCUAUCAACUGGAUCGAAGGUCGAGGCAAGAGUGUCGUCGCUGAAGCCAUUGUGCCUGGUAACGUCGUCAAGACGGUUCUCAAGUGCAACGUCCGCGACCUAGUCAACCUUAACACGAAGAAGAACCUCAUUGGUUCCGCCAUGGCUGGUUCGGUCGGCGGCUUCAACGCACACGCAGCCAACAUCUUGACUGCGAUCUACCUCGCUACUGGACAAGACCCUGCACAGAACGUUGAGUCUUCGAACUGCAUCACCCUCAUGGAAGCCAUCAACGACGACCAGGAUCUGUUGAUCACUGUUUCGAUGCCCAGCAUCGAAGUAGGUACGGUUGGAGGCGGAACUGUUCUGCCACCACAGCGAUCCAUGUUGGAGAUGAUGGGCAUCGCUGGUGCUCACGCCUCAACUCCAGGCGCUAAUGCACAGAGACUGGCGCGUAUCAUCGCUGCUUCAGUCAUGGCGGGUGAACUUUCGCUCAUGGGUGCUUUGUGUGCUGGACAUCUGAUCCAGGCUCACAUGAAGCACAACCGUUCCGUACCAUCUACACCAGGCACCAUGACUCCUCUGCCACGACCGGAAACACCUAAGCACUUUGCCGCUUCCAUGACCCCACUCGUUGCUCCGCCAGUCGGACAGUCAAAUCAAGGCUCACCGACAGGAACAAGAACAAUGUCGUUGAUGGCCAACUUGUCCAUCCCAGCAUCAGAUAGCACUGGUCGAAUCGCGCAAUAA